CCCACAAGCCGGUGAUGUUUAGUUCUCCUUUGAAGUUACAGCUGCCCACAGACAAGCGGAACAUUAGCCCCGGCACCAUGUCUCUCCGGUUUUCUGGCGGAUCCAGGCAUGUUGGCCUGCAGUCGGGAUCCCUCAGGCCACCCAGCGGAGGAGCAGGCAGUUCGGCGGCUGGGAGUGGAUUUUCUUGGGCCUUAGGAGGGACACUGAGUGCUCCUGGUGGGAGCCAUGCCCCCGGUGCCCUGGGAAAUGCUGCUGCUGUUGGCUUCUCUGGAAAUGAAGGAGGUCUCCUCUCUGGGAACGAGAAGGUCACCAUGCAGAACCUUAACAGCCGCCUGGCCUCUUACCUGGAUAAUGUGAAAGCCCUGGAGGAGGCAAAUACCGAGCUAGAGAGACAGAUCAAGAAUUGGCAUGAGAAAUACGGACCCGGAUCUUGCCGUGGACUUGAUAAUGACUAUAGCCGAUAUCAUCUGACCAUCGAGGACCUUAAAAGCAAGAUUAUCUCUUCCACAGCUGCUAAUGCUAAUAUAAUUCUACAGAUUGAUAAUGCCAGACUGGCUGCUGACGACUUCCGACUAAAAUAUGAAAACGAACUCACCCUACACCAGAAUGUAGAGGCAGACAUCAACGGAUUGCGCCGCGUCCUUGACGAGCUGACCCUCUGCAGGACGGACCACGAGCUGCAGUAUGAAUCACUGAGUGAGGAGAUGACGUAUCUCAAGAAGAACCACGAAGAGGAAAUGAAGGUUCUGCAGUGCUCAGCGGGAGGCAACGUGAACGUGGAGAUGAACGCGGCCCCGGGGGUGGACCUCACGGUGCUGCUGAACAACAUGCGAGCCGAGUACGAGGGCCUGGCGGAGCAGAACCGCAGGGACGCCGAGGCCUGGUUCCAGGAAAAGAGCGCCACGCUGCAGCAGCAGAUCUCCAACGACAUGGGCGCAGCCACCUCGGCCAGGACGGAGCUGACAGAGCUGAAGCGCUCGCUGCAGACCCUGGAGAUUGAGCUGCAGUCGCUCUCAGCAACGAAACACUCGCUGGAGUGCUCCCUGGCGGAGACCGAGGGCAACUACUGCUCGCAGCUGGCACACAUCCAGGCUCAGAUCAGCGCGCUGGAGGAGCAGCUGCACCAGGUCAGGACCGAGACCGAGGGUCAGAAACUGGAACACGAGCAGCUGAUGGACAUCAAGGCCCACCUGGAGAAGGAGAUCGACACCUACUGCCGCCUCAUAGAUGGAGACGAAAAUUCCUGCUCCAGCGCAAAGGGCUUUGAAUCUGGAAGCUCAGGGAAUUCAUCCAAAGAUUUAUCCAAAACCACACUGGUCAAGACGGUGGUUGAAGAAAUAGAUCAGCGUGGAAAGGUUCUGUCAUCGAGGAUCCACUCCAUCGAGGAAAAGAUGUCCAAGAUGAGCAACGGGAAGGCGGAACAGAGGGUUCCCUUCUAACUCUCACGCUAGGGGAGAGAAUAACUCGCCGGCGGAGCCCGCACAGUGGCACUGUUCUACAUCUCAGGGAGAACGGAAAUGCUUUCUACUAUUACAGAUGAGUGACCUUAGACAAAAUACCUCUUUUCUUUCGCAUGAUGUUGGGUGUUUCUGUUCCAAAUAAAUAAAAUAAUUGAUGGGCACACAUUC